ACAUCCCCCCAUAUUCGGUCAACCGUCAAUGAAGAAGGAAGAAAAAAAUACAAACCUUAACCCAGAAAACGACGUCGCUUAGACAUUUCAAGAUCCCACCCCUUUCCCAUAAUAUUCCACCCCUCUCCAAAAUAAAAUCUUUGGCAAUUUCGUUAUUUCGGUAAAAUCAUUCAGAUCUCAUCUCUCUCUUCCUCAAAGGUGCUUCCACCACUUUAUGCUUCACAAGCGAUUCGUUGCUAACGAAAACACCGAUCAAAUUCAAACCAUCACUUCCGAUUCAGCACCGAUCAAGAAACUCCGUUCCGAUACCACCGAUUCCGCGUCUGAUAGCUCUUCGAUUCCAGCUCCCGGCAGCAGUAGCGGCGAUAGAGCCGUCGUCCACAUGGCGUUUGGCAAUUCGAACCGUCACGAGAUCGAUGAAGAUCUCCACAGCAGGCAGCUCGCCGUCUACGGACGCGAGACCAUGAGGCGUCUCUUCGCUUCCAACGUCCUCAUCUCCGGGAUGCACGGCCUCGGCGCUGAGAUCGCCAAGAAUCUGAUUCUUGCUGGUGUGAAGUCUGUGACGCUGCACGAUGAGAGUGUGGUGGAGCUGUGGGACUUGUCUAGCAACUUCGUUUUCUCUGAGGGUGAUAUUGGCAAGAAUAGGGCUGAUGCUUCUGUAAACAAGUUGCAGGAUCUUAACAAUGCUGUGGCUGUCUCUAGCUUGACCUCAAGCUUGACGAAAGAGCAGCUCUCUGGUUUUGAGGUUGUUGUGUUCUCUGACAUAAGCUUGGAAAAAGCAAUCGAGUUUAAUGACUACUGCCACAGCCAUCAGCCUCCUAUUGCUUUUGUUAAGGCUGAUGUCAGGGGUCUUUUUGGCUCCGUCUUUUGUGAUUUUGGGCCUGAAUUUGCAGUUCUCGAUGUUGAUGGAGAGGAACCACAUACGGGCAUCAUUGCCUCUAUCUCUAAUGAGAACCAGGCAUUUAUUUCUUGUGUUGACGAUGAGAGGCUUGAAUUUGAAGAUGGCGACCUAGUCGUUUUCUCUGAAGUUGAGGGUAUGACGGAACUGAAUGAUGGGAAACCAAGGAAGAUAAAAAGUGCACGGCCAUAUUCAUUCACACUCGAAGAGGACACCACUGGCUAUGGAACAUAUGUGAAGGGUGGGAUUGUCACUCAGGUGAAACAGCCGAAGUUGCUGAAUUUCAAGCCAUUGAGGGAAGCUCUUAAAGAUCCAGGGGAUUUUCUAUUUGGUGAUUUCGCCAAGUUUGACCGGCCUCCACUCCUUCAUUUAGCAUUCCAGGCACUUGAUCGGUUUACAUCUGAAGCUGGUAGAUUUCCUGUUGCUGGCUCGGAAGAGGACGCUCAGCAGCUUAUAUCCAUUGCCACAUCCAUCAACACUGGGCAGGGUGAUUUAAAGGUGGACAAUCUUGACCAUAAGCUUCUACGACACUUCUCCUUUGGAGCCAAGGCUGUCCUCAAUCCCAUGGCUGCAAUGUUCGGCGGUAUUGUUGGACAGGAGGUUGUCAAAGCUUGCUCUGGAAAAUUUCAUCCCCUCUUUCAGUUUUUCUACUUUGAUUCAGUGGAGUCACUCCCUUCUGAACCUCUGGAUUCCAGUGACGUUGCACCAAGGAACAGCCGGUAUGAUGCCCAAAUAUCUGUUUUUGGGGCUAAGUUCCAACAGAAACUAGAAGAUGCUAAAGUUUUCACAGUAGGGUCCGGUGCACUUGGCUGCGAGUUUUUGAAAAAUAUGGCUCUUAUGGGAGUUUCUUGUGGAAGCCAAGGGAAACUAACAGUGACAGAUGAUGAUAUAAUCGAGAAGAGUAACCUCAGUCGCCAGUUUCUGUUCCGUGACUGGAACAUUGGACAGGCUAAAUCCACAGUUGCUGCUUCCGCUGCGGCAGCUAUAAAUCCCAAGUUCAACAUCGAGGCCCUGCAAAACCGUGUUGGUGCUGAGACGGAAAAUGUAUUUGAUGAUGCCUUCUGGGAGAACUUAACUGUUGUCGUCAAUGCACUGGAUAAUGUCAAUGCGAGGCUCUAUGUUGACUCUAGGUGCUUGUAUUUCCAGAAGCCUCUCCUUGAGUCCGGGACUCUUGGUGCAAAGUGCAACACGCAGAUGGUUAUUCCACAUCGAACUGAAAAUUACGGUGCCUCUAGGGACCCACCAGAGAAACAGGCCCCCAUGUGUACAGUGCACUCGUUUCCGCAUAACAUUGAUCACUGUUUAACUUGGGCUCGCUCUGAGUUUGAGGGUCUGCUCGAGAAGACUCCCGCUGAAGUGAAUGCAUAUCUCUCUAGCCCGGUUGAGUACACUAACUCAAUGAUGAGUGCUGGUGAUGCUCAGGCAAGAGACACAUUGGAGAGGAUUGUUGAGUGCCUUGAAAAGGAGAAGUGUGAGGACUUCCAAGAUUGCUUAACCUGGGCUCGACUCAGGUUUGAGGAUUACUUUGUUAACCGUGUGAAGCAAUUGAUAUACACAUUUCCUGAAGAUGCUGCGACAAGUACCGGAGCUCCAUUUUGGUCUGCUCCAAAAAGAUUCCCACGUCCGCUCCAGUACUCCUCUUCCGACCCAAGCCUCCUUAACUUCAUUACGGCGACUGCUAUUUUAAGAGCAGAGACAUUUGGGAUCCCUGUACCCGAGUGGACCAAAAGCCCAAAGGAAGCAGCUGAAGCUAUCGACAGAGUGAUAGUCCCAGACUUUGAGCCAAGGAAAGAUGCAAAAAUUGUAACUGAUGAGAAAGCCACCACUCUAACCACUGCUUCGGUGGACGAUGCUGCAGUCAUCAACGACCUCAUUGCUAAGCUUGAGCAGGGUCUGCUCGAGAAGACUCCCGCUGAAGUGAAUGCAUAUCUCUCUAGCCCGGUUGAGUACACUAACUCAAUGAUGAGUGCUGGUGAUGCUCAGGCAAGAGACACAUUGGAGAGGAUUGUUGAGUGCCUUGAAAAGGAGAAGUGUGAGGACUUCCAAGAUUGCUUAACCUGGGCUCGACUCAGGUUUGAGGAUUACUUUGUUAACCGUGUGAAGCAAUUGAUAUACACAUUUCCUGAAGAUGCUGCGACAAGUACCGGAGCUCCAUUUUGGUCUGCUCCAAAAAGAUUCCCACGUCCGCUCCAGUACUCCUCUUCCGACCCAAGCCUCCUUAACUUCAUUACGGCGACUGCUAUUUUAAGAGCAGAGACAUUUGGGAUCCCUGUACCCGAGUGGACCAAAAGCCCAAAGGAAGCAGCUGAAGCUAUCGACAGAGUGAUAGUCCCAGACUUUGAGCCAAGGAAAGAUGCAAAAAUUGUAACUGAUGAGAAAGCCACCACUCUAACCACUGCUUCGGUGGACGAUGCUGCAGUCAUCAACGACCUCAUUGCUAAGCUUGAGCAGUGUAGGCAUAACUUGUCUCCUGAUUUUAGGAUGAAACCAAUUCAGUUCGAAAAGGACGAUGAUACAAACUAUCACAUGGACGUGAUAGCGGGUCUAGCCAACAUGAGGGCGAGGAACUACAGCAUACCUGAAGUAGACAAGCUGAAAGCAAAGUUCAUUGCGGGGAGAAUCAUCCCAGCCAUUGCGACCUCAACAGCCAUGGCCACUGGUCUGGUCUGCCUCGAGCUGUACAAGGUUCUCGACGGAGGACACAAAGUGGAAGCCUACAGGAACACAUUUGCCAACCUGGCGCUUCCGCUCUUCUCAAUGGCCGAGCCGGUUCCGCCAAAGGUGGUGAAGCACCGCGACAUGGCUUGGACCGUUUGGGACAGAUGGGUGCUAAAAGGAAACCCGACACUGCGCGAGGUGUUGAAGUGGCUGGAGGAGAAAGGGCUUAGCGCGUACAGCAUAUCUUGUGGAAGCUGUCUUCUGUUCAACAGUAUGUUCCCGAGGCACAAGGAGAGGAUGGACAAGAAGGUAGUUGAUCUCGCUAGGGAUAUAGCUAAAGUGGAGUUGCCUCCUUACCGCCACCAUCUUGAUGUAGUGGUGGCUUGUGAGGAUGAAGAUGACAAUGACGUCGAUAUUCCUCUCGUCUCCAUCUACUUCAGGUGAGAAUUUAUCGAAGAAGAAACUCUUUUUAUGUGUGUUUGUGUCACUUUUCUGAUGACUGAUGUUUACUUGGGGAUAGAGAGAGACCCAAUCUACUUUAUCAUUUCAGUUAUACUUCAGUUUCUGGUGUGGUUUUAACACACGUCAACCAUGUUUCUUAUCAAAACAUAUGUUCUCUUC